CAACAAAACGAGGUACUGUUGCAUUGUUGCAUCGGAGCAAUACUCUUUGCUUGCAGAGCAGCCACAGGAUAUGGGUCCAAAAGCAAAACGGAUCAUCGUUCACGACGUCAGCCACGACGAUGUCUCAUCUCUGAGAGGGAGAGGCAGUCUGAUCCACCCGCCGCGACGUUCCCCGGAUUUCUCCCCGCGAUGCCCGAUGAUCCUGUCUGCCUGUCUGCCUGUCUGCCUGUCUGUCUGCCUGCCUGCCAUGCACGGAGCAUACAGUGAACUUCAGCCACCUUCGACACCCAAACCCGAUCCCCGAUUCGCCAUGAUUAUUGUCCUUGUAGGUACAUACCAAUGUACCUUCCAUCACGUGGUCACAUGGGCACCCGAGGGACUUUGCAACAGUCAGCAUCAUCUGUACGCCCCCACGAGAGGGGGCAAAAGGUUCGCCCAGCAAGCCAAGCUGGGAGCGAACAAAGAAAGAACUGGUCCGGGUCAGGUACUUUGCUGCAGGUGCAGGUGCUGGUGCGGGCUUUUCCAGGCCCUGACUGUCGAUCGCCGGGUCAGUCACCAGAUCUCUGCGUUGGCAAAAAUGCGAUCAUGCCCUUGCUCGCCUCCUGGAUAAUCCCGGCCCUUACGCGCUG